AUGGAAGGAGUUAAUCCUACCAGUGUCUUUGUGACUGAAUGGAAUCAAGACAUCUAUGUCACUGAUAGUAACAAGCAUAGAGUUUUUGUCUUUUUCCCAAACCAAACCAUUUCCAUUGUUGCUGGUAAUGGAGUUUCAGGAAAUUCUCAGGAUGGAGAUUCUGCUUUGGGUUCUGUUCUUUUUUCUCCCGAUUCUGUUCAUGUCACCAAACAAAAUGAAAUUUUCAUAAGUGAUACUUCAAAUAAUCGAAUUAAGAAGGUGGUGAAUGGUCGAAUUUACACCAUGGAUUGUUUCAAGAUACAUAGUCCCUCGAACGGGGAAGUCUAUUUUGUCGAUCGUGCCAAUGAAAGAAUUAAGAAAAUUAAUAGUCAAGGAAAUAUUCAAGUGAUGGCAGGAAUAGGAAGUGUUGGUUACAAUGGAGAGAAUCAAUUAGCCACGAGAGCCACGUUGACCAAUGUUCAAGAUGUUUGGGUUGCUCCCUCUUCAGGUGAAUAA